GUAUUUAAAUAUAUACAUACAUAUAUUAAAAAAUUAACGAACGCGUGCGUGCGUGCAUAAGCUUGUGAACAAAAAAAAAAAGAAAAAAAUUAGUAAAAUAUGUAGUAAGUGAUUUUUUCUUAUUUUGUAUAGCCCCUUUUAAAACUAAUUAUCUCUCUUCUCUAUCUGUCUAAUAUAAUAUCAUUUACAAAUAACUUUACAAUGUUGGACACAUUACGCUAGGCGUUAAAAGUCACGUCUAAAAAUCUAUCUUUUAUUUUUUAAUCAUAUCCUUAUCGUAUUAAUAUUUUUUCCUUUAUCUAUCAUGGUUACCGAUAUAGAAAAAUGAUAUUCUUUUAAAAAUGUAAAUCCACAUUCUAUGUUUAAUGCAAAUUACACGCCUUCAUAACGUAUAGUAGAUUUACAAUAAUAAAAACAUAGAAAAGGGAUGCGUACUUACUAGUUAUGAAAAAAGAAAUGCAAGAAAAAUAUCAAGGAUUAUUAUAUUGCGAGCUAAUUAAUAGCGAGCAAUUUUGCUUGGUAUUAAAGUAAAAAAUAAUACCCUGAUGUAUUCAGGGAUAGAUCAAAAGAAUAUAUGUUUAAACGGGCAAAUAGAACGAUCAAAAAAUGGAACUCAUUGAAAUCGAGUAUCAUGAAAAUGAUAAACAGACUUAUCGUUAGAACGAAGCAAGACUUUUAUGUAUCGAUUUGAUACCAAACUCUUGUUGGUCCAAAGAUGUUAUAUCAUAGACAGAAUUAUAUUGUUUCGCAAGUAGAUAUCUAUAUUUUUUAUCUUGUUUUAUUUCCAGUAUUAUUUGUUAGUAAAAGAUAUUUCCUGUAGUAUAUGUGAUUGCUCAAAUCGUAAGAGUAGGAAGUACACGUGAGAUUUGGAAUAAUUUUCGUUCGAAUAGGAAAAAGAAAAAGAAAAAAAGAAAAAAAAAAGAAAAUGAGAUUCUUUCCCUUGUUUUUCCUGUCACUCAUAAGCCCCCAAAAGAAUUCAUUCCCUUUCAGUUUUAACGCGAGUCCUUAUGAUCUCGUUAAUACCAUCGCAUAAUUCAAUACAAUAAAGUUCCCAAUUAUUUGACGUAAAUUCGAAAAGAACGAUACAUAAUUUAUUUGAAGAAAAAAUACGAAUACUUCGAUAUCAUUGUCACAGAUAUCUACAGUUACAGUUUUGUUCGUUGCAGCUUUGAAAUUCAUUCGUUUUACCAUUAACCUUUGGCUUGCCGUACAUACUAAUUGGGAUUCAACUGGAAGCAACGGAAAAUAGAUAUAUAUAUACAUACAUACUACUUUUUAUCGUAAGUGGCGUAUUUAAAAACGUAUUUUAUACGUUUCCGAAUUUACUUUUUGUGCAUUCUACAACGAAUUUCUAGAAAAUCGAAAUUCGACCAGCGUCCAACCACCUUGUCUAGAGAAACGUUAUAAACUUUACCCGUAAAGAAAACAAAAUAAAAAAGACAAACAGAAAAGAACACAAAGAAACUGGAAAAAACGAAUGUGCUCGUGGCGUAUUUUUGCUUUAUCCGCAAAAAGUACUGAAAAUUUUUGAAAAAGGAAAAAAGGAAAAAAAUAAAUAAAAAACAAAAUAGAAAGGCGAGAUAAACUUCCUCUGAUUACGACUUCUAUCUGGAUCUAACUUGUUAUACUUCAAGCGACGUUGUCUAUCGCAUACGUGUAUAUGUUCGAAGAUUUCUAUAACGUUUUCAUGCAUAUGUGCAAAAUGCAUAGAACAAAUGCACAUAAUCUUCGAAUGUAACAAAGUGGAUAGAAUAGUAUGAGAAACAAAGUAAGAGAAGCAGCUUUUUUGCUUUUUACCUCGAUUCAUUUUAAGCGAAAAAAACUUCUUUAAAAAGCGAGAGAGAGAGAGAGAGAGAGAGAGUGAGAGAAUGAGAAAGAACAAGACAAAGAGCAGCGAGUACUACUUAUUGUAUACACAGUGGCAUACUUUCAAGUAUUUGUUAAAGACAAAUAAUCUUUUUAUUAAUUACAACCACACGAACGUAAAAUGCACUUUUCCUGUUAUUUGGUAUGCAUCCGAGAGUUUUAACCGAACAUAUUACGAAUGUACAUGUGCGUGCGUGCGUGCAUGUAUGUGUGUGUACACAUACUAGAAAUGAGUUUGUGAAAAAAAAGAUGUGAUCGGGAGAGAAGGCCCAUGCGACACAUAAAACUCGACGUAAAGGUGAAACAAUCUAAUGUUUAUAGAAAUUCGACGAUUUUUCGUAAUGUUAUCGCACGAUGCUGUUCCUUAUUUUCUUAUCUAUUAGUCUUGAUUUAAGGCUUGUAUCUAGAUAGUGAAUAAUUACUGCGGAUAAAGGCCAAUUGUAUGUGUGUGUUUGUACACACACACACACACACACACACACACACACACACCACACAUACAUACAUACAUACAUACAUACAUACAUACAUACAUACAUACAUACAUACAUACAUACAUACAUACAUACAUACAUACAUACAUACAUACAUACAUACAUACAUACAUACAUACAUACAUACAUACAUACAUACAUACAUACAUACAUACAUACAUACAUACAUACAUAUAUAUGUAAGCGAUCAUGGGUGAUUUCAAUCGAUGCUAUAUCUGUAUGUGUGUAAUAAGUCAUAAUUAUUAAAAAAAAAAAAAAGAAAAAAAAAGAAAAAAAGAAAAAAAAAGAAAAAAAGAAAAAAAAGAAAAAAAAGAAAAUAGAUGAAAAGAAACCUUUACUUUUGCGAUCACGAUACGUCUUUAUAUUAUUCGAAUAUUUCUUAUUGUCGUAAAAUGAGAAAGAUUAAUUAGUUUUCUUCUAGUAUUUUUUCGUACGGACACACGAUGAACUGCAUAAGAUUGAUGAUCGUGAUCGUCACCGUUGUUCCAAUCGUCAUCUCAAUUCUUUCAUUUCCUUCGAACAACGUGCGAACGUAAGGAUUCUUUUCAUGAAUAAUUCUUUGCAUAAAAAAGGAAAAGAAAACAACAAUAUUCUAUUCGAUUGUAAAAGAAGACAUUUUAACGAUACGUGCAGUCAUUGAGAAAUUCAAGGUAAAUGAGUGUAUUGUCUAAGAUAAAAUUGAUCCGACAUGUUUUUUUUUAAAUUACGUCGAGUUACGAAGAUCGGUUUCGCGUGUUCUUUGUCUAUUUCUACUCGAAAUAAUUUCACGAUAUAUAAGAAUUCGAAGAAGACGGAUGGGGCAAACUUGUUUUUUGAAUGCGUUUCACCUUUCUUUCGAUUCGUAUUUUCGAAAUGAAAUGAGAAUAUAAAUUUAAUAAAUUUUCAAGCUCGUAAGUCUAUACCGGUAAAUUUCUUUGUGGAUUUGGAUUUGAGCUUUUUUAUUUUUUUUUUUUUUUUUUGUAAAUUCACGAUUAUAAUCGAAAGAUAUGCACGUACGUAGGUACGCAUACAUAUAUACGAAUGAAAGAAAUGUGAAAGUAUGCAAACGAUAAAGAAGAUUCUGUAGGUGAUGACGUUUAUCGUGGAAUGGUGUUUGACGAACAUUAAUACUAAAGUACUAAUAGAGAAUUCAAAUGAAAUCUUAUACAUAAUAAGUAUUAAACUGUACAUUGUGUUUAAUUGUACUUUGUGUUAUGCGCCUCUGAUGCUGAAUAUAACGGAAAUUCAAUCGGAGCGAGUGUCAUUAUUCUUGAAACUAUUUUCUUUUGGUUACACCAUCAAUUCAUUUUCAAUGUAUUAUCAUCUUUGACUGCGGUACUGUCUGUUGUGUGAUUCUAACCUAAAAAUUUAUCAUGGCUGAUACAGAUCAAGAUGUAACAGAUCGUGGUGAUGGUGAUAAUUUAAAAACCGAUAAGCUAUUUACUUUGAAGAAAUGGAAUGCUGUGGCUAUGUGGAGUUGGGACGUCGAAUGUGAUACAUGUGCUAUUUGCCGAGUUCAGGUUAUGGACGCAUGCUUACGAUGUCAGGCAGAAAGCAAGAAGGACUUUUACGGACGACAAGACUGCGUGGUCGUAUGGGGCGAAUGUAACCAUUCGUUUCAUUACUGUUGCAUGUCCUUGUGGGUGAAGCAAAACAAUCGUUGUCCAUUAUGUCAACAGGAAUGGUCCAUCCAAAGAAUGGGAAAAUAACGAUGCGAUUAGGACACCUAUAUUAUAUUUCAUCAUUAAACAUUUUGUUUUUUUCUUUUUAAAAUAAUAUUAUGCCUCUCUUU